GAGGCAGAAGCGUCCUCUCUGCUGUCAGAGCGCCCGAAGAUUUUGCCUUCUGGCCGGUCCCGUCGUCUCCUGCCUCAGCCUUUCAUCCCAGCGGGACCAUCGCACCUUCCUUAGUGCCGCUCACCUUCCCGCCUUCUUUGACCGCGGCGAAACCAAGGAAGAUCCCCGGGCCCCUCGCUCCAUCUAGCGCGCGCUCCAGACCAGAGGAGCGCAUCUGGCCGCCUUCUCAUGGCUUCCCUUGCGCGCGCUUUGCUACUCCUGCGCCAGGGGGGCGGGCUGGCCGCGGCGUGCCUUAGGUAGAGAGGCGUGUGGGAGUGCCCCAAGAGGCGGGAAAGCAACCCGGCCACGGCCAGGCCCAGCCGUUAAGCCGCGACUCGCGCUCGUGUGUGUGUUCCGUGUUGUGCAUGUCCGGCCUCUCCUCGACACCGCGCCCGGCGCCCCUCCACCAUGUCCUUGGCUUUCUGUGGCAGCGAGAACAACUCGGUUGCCUACAAGGUGAACAAUGGGGUGCUCAACAACGGCUGCUUCGUGGACGCGCUCAACGUGGUGCCGCACGUUUUCCUGCUUUUCAUCACCUUCCCCAUCCUCUUCAUUGGAUGGGGAAGUCAAAGCUCCAAAGUUCAUAUCCAUCACAGCACUUGGCUUCAUUUUCCUGGACAUAAUUUACGCUGGAUUUUGACUUUCGUUCUUCUGUUUGUGCUGGUAUGUGAAAUAGCUGAAGGGAUAGUGUCAGAUGGGGUUUCAAAAUCUCGUCAUUUACACCUGUAUAUGCCACCUGGAAUGGCAUUCUUAGCAGCCAUCACAUCAAUUGUUUACUAUCACAACAUUGAAACAUCAAAUUUUCCAAAGUUAUUAAUAGCCUUGCUAGUCUACUGGACUUUAGCUUUUAUAACCAAAACUAUCAAAUUUGUAAAGUUUUGUGAUAAUAAUAUUGGACCCCUCCAGCUUCGAUUCUGCCUCACAGGACUCUUAGUAAUUCUUUAUGGAAUGUUGCUACUUGUAGAAAUUAAUGUGAUCAGAGUGAGGAGAUAUGUUUUCUUCAAAAAGCCUAAGGAAGUUAAGCCCCCUGAGGACCUUCAGGAUCUUGGAGUCAGAUUCCUGCAACCUUUUGUGAAUCUGCUGUCCAAAGGAACAUAUUGGUGGAUGAAUACAUUCAUUAAAACAGCCCACAAGAAACCAAUAGACUUGAAAGCCAUAGGAAAGCUGCCUAUUGCCAUGAGAGCUUUGACAAAUUACAUGCACCUUAAUGAGGCCUUUGAAGCACAAAAGAAUAAAAACACUCUACAUCCACAAGGAUCCAAGUCUAUCUGGUGUGCCCUCUGUUUUGCCUUUGGAAGACCUUUAAUCCUAAGCAGCACUUUCCGUAUUCUGGCAGAUUUGCUUGGAUUUGCUGGUCCACUUUGUAUCUCCGGAAUUGUUCACCAUGUUGGAAAAGGGAACAACACCUUCCGCCCCCAGACUGAAAUACUUGGUGUCUCCUUCAUUUCAUCUCAAGAAUUCCUGGCCAAUGCUUAUGUGUUAGCAGUCCUCCUUUUCUUUGCCCUUCUGUUGCAAAGAACAUUUCUUCAAGCAUCAUACUAUGUUGCCAUUGAAACAGGAAUUAACCUGAGAGGAGCAAUACAGACUAAAAUUUACAAUAAGAUCAUGCGGCUUUCAACUUCCAACAUGUCCAUGGGGGAAAUGACUGCAGGUCAGAUCUGUAACCUGGUUGCUAUAGACACAAACCAGCUGAUGUGGUUCUUUUUUCUGUGCCCUAACCUUUGGGCUAUGCCAGUACAGAUUAUUGUAGGAGUCCUCCUAUUGUACUACCUGCUCGGAAUCAGUGCCCUAAUUGGAGCUGCAGUAAUCAUAGUGCUUGCACCUGUACAGUACUUUGUCGCCACAAAGCUUUCACAAGCUCAAAGAAGCACAUUGGAAUAUUCCAAUGAGAGGCUGAAGAAAACAAAUGAAAUGCUUCGAGGCAUAAAACUCCUUAAGCUCUAUGCCUGGGAACACAUCUUUCACAGCAGUGUGGAGGAAACCCGGCAAAAAGAAAUGACUAGCCUCAAGGCUUUUGCUCUCUAUACCUCCAUAUCAAUUUUCAUGAAUGCAGCAAUACCUAUUGCAGCUGUUCUUAUAACAUUUGUGGUCCAUGCCCACAUAUUUGAAAAUGCUGACUUUUCUCCUUCGGUGGCCUUUGCUUCAAUCUCCCUCUUCCACAUCCUUGUCACACCCCUGUUCCUGCUCUCCAGUGUAGUUAGAUCCACAGUCAAAGCUCUUGUAAGCGUUCAAAAGUUAAGUGAAUUUCUCUCAAGUGAAGAAAUUGGAGAGGAGCAUGACAAAUGUUCAGAGCCAAGAUGCAAUGACAACCACAGCAAAUACCAGGUCCUUCCCCUCAAAGUUGUUAACCGUAAGAGGCCUGCCAGAGAAGACUGGAACAAUUACAGCUCUCCUUUAAGAAGACCUGUUAGCAGCACAGAAGCAGAUGAUUAUUGUGUAAAGGUCACAAAUGGAUUUUUCACUUGGACGCCCGAAAGUACUCCAACAUUAUCCAGCAUUGAUAUUCGAAUCCCUCAAGGUCAGUUAACAAUGAUUGUGGGACAAGUGGGCUGUGGUAAGUCAUCCCUCUUGCUAGGGAUACUUGGGGAGAUGCAGAAGGUAUCUGGGAAUGUAAUCUGGAACAGCAGUAUUCCUGACAGUGAGACAGGGAAAGAUAUCAGCCCAGAAAGAGAAACAGCUGUUGAUACUGAAACCAGGAAAAGAGGAUCAGUGGCAUAUGCUUCCCAGAAACCAUGGUUGCUAAAUGCUACUGUAGAAGAGAAUAUCACUUUUGAAAGCCCCUUCAAUACACAAAGGUACAAAGCAGUAAUUGAUGCUUGCUCUCUUCAGCCUGAUAUUGACAUACUUCCUCAUGGAGACCAAACCCAGAUUGGAGAGAGGGGGAUUAAUCUUUCUGGAGGUCAGCGCCAGCGGAUCAGUGUGGCAAGAGCUCUUUACCAACAGACAAAUGUUUUGUUCCUGGAUGAUCCUUUUUCUGCACUGGAUAUUCACUUGAGUGAUCACCUCAUGCAAGAAGGAAUCCUGAAUAUGCUAAGAGAUGACAAGAAGACUGUUGUUCUGGUAACCCACAAACUACAAUAUCUGCCCCAUGCUGACUGGAUUAUUGCAAUGAAAGAUGGAACUAUUCAAAGAGAAGGCACACUCAAAGAUAUUCAGAAAUCAGAAUCUGAGCUGUUUGAACACUGGAAAACACUCAUGAAUCGACAGGACCAAGACCUGGAAAAGGAGACCUUAAUUGAACGAAAACAUGUGUUAGACAGGAAGAACAUCCAAACAACAAUGCAUUCUCGAGAAGCUCUUUUCCAAGAGGAUGAAGAGGAUGAAGAUGAAAUACCAGAAAGUGAUGACGAUGAUGAUAACCUAUCUUCUGUCCUUCAUCAAAGAGCAAAGAUGCCUUGGCGAGCAUGUGGGAAGUAUCUUACCUCAGCAGGAUUCCUCCUCUUGCCUUUGCUCAUCCUUUCACAGCUCCUAAAACAUUCCAUUAUGGUGUUCAUUGACUUCUGGCUAGCCCAGUGGACAUCUGAUGCCAUUUCUUCCAAGGUGGGAAAUAACUGCUCUUUUUGUGAGGCAUCCAAAUUUAAUCAUUUCCCUUACACAAGAAUAUUCAGCAUUCUCUGCUGCCUUGGAAUUAUAUUAUGUCUUGUAACAUCGAUAGCAGUAGAGUGGACUGGUUUAAAGGUCGCCAAGAAACUACAUUGUUUUCUGCUGAACAAAAUCAUUUUGGCCCCAAUGAGGUUUUUUGAAACAACACCACUGGGAAGUAUCUUGAACAGAUUUUCAGCUGAUUGUAACACCAUUGACCAGCACAUUCCUGCUACCCUGGAGUGCUUAAGUCGUUCUACACUGCUCUGUUUAUCAGCUCUUGCUGUGAUUUCGUAUGUUACACCUGUGUUUCUCAUAGCUCUAGUUCCUCUUGCCGUCAUAUGCUAUUUUAUCCAGAAAUACUUUAGAGUAGCAUCAAGGGAUCUGCAGCAAUUGGAUGACAGUACACAGCUCCCAUUACUUUCUCACUUUUCAGAGACGGUUGAAGGUCUAACAACUAUACGAGCAUUCAGGUAUGAAUCCAGGUUUAAACAGAAGCUUCUUGAAUAUACGGAUUCCAACAACAUCGCUUCCCUUUUCCUUACAGCUGCCAAUCGCUGGCUGGAAGUUCGGAUGGAAUAUAUUGGGGCAUGUGUGGUGCUCAUUGCAGCUGUUGCUUCAAUUACAAAUUCUCUAUACAAUAAUCUCUCUUCGGGUCUUGUAGGCUUGGGACUAACCUAUGCUCUGAUGGUAUCUAACUAUUUAAAUUGGAUGGUUCGCAACCUGGCUGAUAUGGAACUCCAGCUUGGAGCGGUGAAAAGACUCAAUGGCCUCAUAAAAACAGAGGCUGAAAAUUAUAAAGGGCUGCUGUCUCCAGCGCAGAUUCCUCAGAACUGGCCCGACCAGGGGGAGAUUCAAAUACAGAAUCUGAGUGUCCGCUAUGACACUACUCUGAAGCCUGUGCUAAAGCAUGUCAAUGCCCACAUCUCUCCGGGACAAAAGAUUGGAAUAUGUGGCCGAACAGGCAGCGGAAAAUCAUCUUUUUCUCUUGCCUUUUUCAGAAUGGUUGACACCUUUGAAGGAAGGAUCGUUAUAGAUGGCAUAGACAUUGCCAAGCUUCCCUUACAAACACUGAGAUCCAGGCUGUCAAUCAUUCUCCAAGACCCUAUUUUGUUCAGCGGCACAAUCCGAUUUAACUUGGAUCCAGAAAAAAAAUGCACAGACAGCAUGCUGUGGGAAGCUUUAGAAAUCGCACAACUGAAGCACGUAGUGAAAACUUUACCUGGGGGUCUAGAUGCUAUUGUCACCGAAGGUGGAGAAAAUUUCAGCCAAGGGCAAGGACAACUGUUCUGCUUAGCAAGGGCAUUUGUACGGAAAACAAGUAUCUUCAUCAUGGAUGAAGCCACAGCAUCAAUUGACAUGGCAACUGAAAACAUUCUUCAGAAGGUUGUAAUGACUGCAUUUGCUGAUCGUACUGUGGUGACAAUUGCACACCGGGUGCACACUAUUCUUAAUGCAGACAUGGUUAUUGUAAUGAAGAGAGGCGUUAUUCUGGAAUAUGACAAACCAGAACAUCUGCUGGAGCAAGAAGACAGUGUGUUUGCUUCUUUUGUCCAAGCGGACAAGUAAAUAUAAAUAAACUAUAUCUCUGAAAGUGAAAUUUUAUUAUCCAUUUUCUAAUUAAGUAAAUUAACUGUAAAUAAAAAUACUGAUUUAAUUAUA